AUGUCAUGGAAGGAGAAUUUUAGGCGAGGCGUCGUCCUGUUUAAGCAGGAUCGGUACAAAGACGCCUUAGAAGCUUUCAACCAGGCAGCACGUGAAAAUGAUAAAGACGCAACUCUUCUAGAUUCUAGAGCGGCUGUUCUUGAAAAGCUCGACCGUCCUCUUGAAGCACUGAAGGACUCCAAGAAAGUUAUUGACCUUAAACCAACAUCAUGGCAGGGAUAUGCACGUUCUGCCAGGCUAUUUCUAAAGGUUGGCAAGCCCGAGGCGUCAUUGAAGAUGACCGAACUCGCGUUGGAGCGUAUCAAGGAUACGAAUAGACGCGCAGAGUUAGAGGACUUUCGAAAGCAAGUGGCAAAGGCACUUGAAUCUCCGGCGUGCUAUUUCUCGGGACUUCCUGUGGAACUACAGACGGAGAUAUUCUCACUCGUGAUUGAUGGCAGCAACGCCAAAAUGCUCAGGCUCACUCUCGUGUGUCGGUCAUGGCGAGAUAUAAUCAUCAAUACUCCGCGGUUUUGGCGUAGCCUUACCAUUACUCAUAAAACGAGGGUGAAGAAGGCGGAUACGUGGUUGCAGCGAUCCAGAGGCAUUUUGACGAACCUCCACAUUGCUGGAGAGUUAUCUUUCGAUGACCGAUCUCGUAUUUUCAAAUAUGCUGACUGCAGUAUUUGGUCGAAGCUUGAUAGGCUGAAAAUCACUACUCGGAGCGCCGAUUUAUUUGCAGCACUCCCUGCGUCAGCACUCGAUAAACUACGACUACUACAAUUUGAAGUUGACUCCGAAGAACUGGACGAUCAUUCCUUGCAAGCUCUCUCUGAGAUAAAUGGUUCUCGAAUGCAUCACUUUUCCCUGAAGACCACAUGCACGCGGGUACGGAUAGCAGACUUCACUUCCACCUCUCUGACGACACUCGCAUUGUCCUCACCUCACUCAGAUGUGGAUCUUUUCCUAUUUCUGAAGAGUAAUCCCAUGCUUGAGAAUCUGGUCCUUGAGUCGCCCUCAGUUGCCCGCCGAUUCAGUGGGACCCUAGAGGAUAUAGAGCUUCACCGCCUCGUCCGACUAGAAUUGAUAAACUCAUUACACACGCAUAGAUGUCUCCAAAAUAUGCGAUUUCCGAACGUCAGGACGCUUAUUGUAAAGGAAACUCUCGGAUUUGGUAUCGGUGUUCCUGCAUUAAUCGAUAAUCAGCGGUUGACAGUCCUCGAGCACCUCACUCUUUCAAUGAUUGUUCAGGACACACACUCUUUAGUCUCAAUUCUCCGAAGGGCAACGCCGUUAAAGACCCUGCAGCUCACACGAUGCUGCUUCGAAGCCGGAGAAGAGAACACGCUAAUCGAAGCUCUGACGGAAGGAACGGUGUGCCCAAAACUCCAGCAUGUUGAUUUAUCGCGGCUUGCCGCUUUGAAAGCGGGCCCAGUUAUUAAACUUGUAAAAGCGCAUUCUCGUUCUGCAGCCGUGGUGUCAUCAUCAUCGUCGUCGUGUUCCUCGUCCAACGAGUCACAGUCAUUGUCGGACGAACAACAAGUAAAUGUUCCAUUACCCGUCCUUUCAUUAAAUCUCGACGAUUGCCCGAUGAUUGAUUCAAACGCAUUACCAUGGUUCCGGGCUGUAAUACCGAACUUCAGUUGCAGGAUGACCCCAGUGAAAAUGGGGAGGGGGAUGAAGUGA